CAAAUUUUACAAUGGAUUCCAUGAAAGGACAAGGAGGCAUUCAGAUGCUUCUAACUGCAGAACAGGAAGCCCAGCAAAUUGUAACUGCUGCUAGAAACUUGAAAAUGACAAGGUUGAAGCAGGCUAAAGAUGAGGCUGAGAGAGAAGUAGCAAAUUAUCGUUCAUAUAUGGAUACAGAAUAUCAAAAUAAAAUUUCCACGACAAGUGGGAGCUCUGGAUCAACUGCAAAACAGCUUGAAGUGGAAACAGACAAGAAGAUUAAAAAUUUGAAGGAGACGUCAUCAAGGGUAUCACCAGAAGUUGUUGGGAUGCUCAUCAAGUAUGUCACUACUGUCAAAACUUGAUGCAUCAUGCAUCGAGGUUAGUACUCUGCAAUUA